AACCACUCGGGACCUUCCUCGCUGAUUAAUUUUUUACUUUAGCUAGCAAGUGUUCUUGAGGAAAGAUGCAGCCCAUCUUCAAUGCGAUCAUUCAGAAUGACAUUCCAGCUUUUCUGGGGUUGGUGGAAGAGAGAGAAUCGUGGCUGGAGGAGAGAAACGUGGAACAAGACGACAACACGGUGUUGCACAUGGCUGCGAAGCAUGGGCAUGGAGAACUCAUCUCCAAGAUUAUUAAGCUCGAACCUUCCCUCAUCCUUUCUCGCAACGCACACGGAAACACACCGUUGCAUCUCGCUGCACUCCUUGGGGACGUAAACACAGUUAGGACGUUGUUAGAGUUUGGAUCGGAAGCGUGUUCCGCACGGAACAACAACCACCGAACACCCCUCCAUUUAGUUUGCCGCAGCAUUUCCACGGAGGCUGCCAGAUUAUUUGCUGAAAAGACACAUUCUGUCAGCCCCGAUGAACUCAGAUUUGCCAUAUUAACAGGAUCCACUUGUGUCACAAGGAUACUACUGGAGAGAUUUCCAGAUCUAGCUAGGCAAUUAGCCUGGUUGGUGGAAGGUUCGCUAACAACGCUAUUGCAUUGUGCAUGUUAUAAAGGAGACCUUGAACUGACAAGUAUAUUGCUAGGGCUCGAUCAAGGAUUAGAAAAAGCUCGUGACACCAACGGUUUAUUGCCUCUGCAUCUGGCGGUCCUGAGAGGCCCGGUUGUACUCUUGGAAGAGUUCCUAGAAAAGGCUCCAUCGUCCUUCAGCUCUCUCACGCGAUCGAAGGAGUCAGUCUUUCAUCUAGCUGCACGAAACAAAAACGUAGAUGCCUUCAUGUUCAUGGCAGAGAGUCUGGGAAUUGACAGCCAAAAACUUCUGCAGCAAGUAGAUGUUAAUGGCAACACUGUCUUACAUAUCGCUGUUUCCAUGUCUUGUGGUACUCCGCUGCUACAAUACAUUGUUGGCAAGAAGAUAAUAGAUAUCAACUAUAAGAACAAGAUGGGUUUAACAGCUUUCCACCUUCUCCCUCGAGAAGCUGAAGACUUUGAGUUAUUAUCAACCUUGCUGAGCUUGGAUACCAAGCUGGAUUCUGAUCAGAGCAGUGAAGAGCAAGAUGAGCACUCUAAUUCAUACAAGAAACCAUCUAAAGAAGGUGUUAAAUCUUUUAAUAUCUCUGGAAACUCAAAAGAGAAUGAGGUAAUACAGAUUCUUAGGUUAAUCGAAACAAACACAUCAAAGAUAGUACAUAUAAAACGAAGCAAGAAAGGGGCAGUUGAAAGAGGUCGUAGAAGCUUAGAACGCGAGAUGCAUAUAGAAGCAUUACAAAAUGCAAGAAAUACGAUUGCAAUAGUGGCAGUCCUGAUUGCUUCAGUUUCUUAUGCGGGUGGGAUAAACCCUCCAGGUGGCGUCUACAAUGAUGGGCCAUGGAAAGGGAAAUCGAUUGUAGGUAACACAACACCUUUUAAGGUUUUUGCAAUAUGCAACAAUAUCGCACUCUUCACCUCAUUGUGCAUUGUUAUUCUUCUCGUAAGCAUUAUACCUUACAAGAGGAAACCAUUGAAGAGACUAUUGGUAGUCACGCACAGGAUGAUGUGGAUUUCCGUAGGGUUCAUGGCAACUGCUUAUGUUGCAGCGUCUUGGGUGACCAUACCACUUUUGCGUGGAACAAGAUGGUUAUUUCCGUCCAUUGUCUCUGUUGCUGGUGGAUCUUUGAUGGUACUCUUUUCCUAUCUCGGAGUUGAGACCAUCGGUCAUUGGUUUAAAAAAAUGAACCACAUAGAUCUAGGCUGGUCCUUGCAAUGGCGUGCAAGAGAAAUACCUCCCAUUGCAAGGACUAGUCCAGAUCAACCCCGAGUGUCUUCUUUUGCAAGGACUAACUCUGAUUUAGCCGCUUCAGAAAAUUCGGGCUAUUUCACCUAUUGAAUAACUGGGAACAUUCCCACCAUGGCGCCACCUAUGAUCAAAAUCUCUACAAGCUGAUUAAUAAAUUCCAAUCAGGUGGUUUUGAGCCAUGCUCAAAAAUUAUAAAUUAAAAUCAAAAAUUUAGAUUAUCUUUUGGAUUGAUUUGUUUUUUGUUUCUUUAGUAUCACGGAAAAUCUUACGCUAUUCUGUAGUAACACUACAUUAUUACUUCUUCGGUUUCAGCAAUAUCUAUAUUCUAGAAAAAAUAUUGUUUCAAAAAGAUA